AUGGACAGGGGAGAGAGGAUGAGAAUACUGGUACAGGAGCGAGAGGACAUCAUUAUGAAGUAUGAGAAGGGACACCGAGCUGGGCUACCAGCGGACAUGGAGCCUGAGCCUGUGGAAAUCCACAGCCGCACGGACCACUUUGGGAUUGUGCACUCUGCUUGGUUUCCUUACAAUGAGACGGAGCUGCCCCCUGUCAGUUCCUGGGAGACCAAGCAAAUUCAGGAGGAGCUGAGAAGCAAGAUCAAGUGGAUGGAAAUGCUGGGAGAAUGGGAGAAAUACAAGAACAGCGAAAAACUGGUUCGCCGAGUUUACAAGGACAUUUUCAUGAAUAUCCGGGGCCAGGUGUGGUCAGUCCUCCUCAACAUUGAUGAUACCAAGGGAAAAAACCCCAGCAAAUACCAGCUCAUGAAGGAGAAGGGGAAGAGGUCCUGUCAACACGUGCACCAGAUCGACCUGAAUGUGAGGAUGACACUCAGAAGACACAUUCUUUUCUCGGAGUGAUAUGGCUCUAGGCAGCGGGAACUAUUCCAUGUCCUGCUGGCCUACGCAGAGUAUAAUCCGGAGGUGGGCUACUGCAGAGACCUGAGCCAGGUGGCCGCCUUGUUCCUGCUGUGCCUUCCCGAAGAGGACGCAUUCUGGGCACUGGCACAGCUGCUGGCCAGUGAGAGGCACUCCCCGCAGGGAUUCCACAGCCCAAAUGGUGGGACAGUCCAGGGGCUCCAAGAUCAUCAGGAGCAUGUGGCGCCCUCGUCACAACCCAAGACCAUGUGGCAUCUGGACAAGGAAGGACUAGGCGCACAGGGUUUCUCAUUAGGCUGGCUUCUCCAGAUGCUCAAUGAUUAGCUCUCUCUUGGCCUCACCCUGCGCCUGUGGGAUGUCUGUCUCAUGGAGUGGGGGCAGGCACUGAUGCCCAUAACAAGAAACAUCUGCAAGGUUCAGAGGAGUAAGUCCACCUGUGACCUGGGGUGCACUGGGACUGUAAGAAUGUACAGUAGGCCCACCGGUCCUCAGGGCAGGCGCUCAGUGCAUGUGGACUGGACGUGCUGUGCACGCAGGAGGGGGAUGUGGGCAAGACCCUCCAACAAGCCCCCUCCCACUUUCCAUGGUGACCCGUUGUCCCCCUCAUGGGGCCCUCAAGGGCACCGGAGGAGCCAGACCCAUUUGGUGCCAGGACCACAAGCCUUGAGCCAAGGAGACGAGGGAAUCCAUGUCCCUGACCCCCAGAGAAUUCAGGAACAGGGCACAGGUGCGACCCCAGACCCAGAGCCAGAGCCCAGAGUUCAGCCAGAUGUGGGAACGAUCAGUGCUGGCAUGGACUGGGCAGUCCAGGAGAGCAGAGGGUGA